GACGCUCGUGUCUGCCGGUCCAAAAAGCCUCCAUGACUGUUCAAGGCUGCGUACGCAGACACUUGGAAUUAUUCUUUUUAAAAAGAGGAACAGCACUCCUAGGACAAAGGUUGAGGAACCGUGUGACUGUCACCCGCAGGAACCCGCACGCUUCAUGUUGGGUUGUGAAGAGGAAGCAGGCGGAUUUCUCCAGCUCUACCGACAGGAAUAAGUGCGCAGCAGGCUUUUAAGCCCCCCUCCCGCUUGUUUGUGGUGGUGUCGCCCCGCUCGAACCGCUGACUCACCGGCAGCUGAGGCGGCUCAUGGCGGUGUUGGAUCGCGGCAGGUCCGGCGGCGCGUUCGAAUAGACCGAGGAUCCACCGGGACACCAUGAUCGGUUCUCCGGACCUGCUGGCUUUCACCAGCGAGGAGGUGUUCGAGGAUGGCGGAGAGGAGCAGGGUCUCCCCGAGGAGCUGUCCGUCCCCCCUCUACCCCCGCGUGACCCCUGGAGCACGAAAGCGCAGUUUCACCGAGACUUCAUCCUGGUGGCGGAAUUCUCCGAGCAGGUGGGUCCAAAGCCUGUGCUCACCAUACCAGACGAUCAGCGCGUCAUCGGUUCAUUUGACCUCAACCUCUUCUCGGUUCGCAUCAUGUCGGUGGACUACCAGGCGUUGGGCCCAGGCCUCACCCCUCCUACCUCACCUGGUCCCCGCUUGAACUUCAGCGAGGACUCCAAGGUGAUCCUGGGGGACUCAGCAGAGGACGCUUAUGUUUACGUUCACCAUGUGACCCUGUAUGACCUGGAGGCCCGAGGCAUGGUGCGACCUUUCUGCAUGGCCUACGUGUGCUCGGACCAGACCAAGCUGAUGGAGAACUUCUGUGAGCUGUCAGCGGGCUUCUCUCAGGCGUCUGAGAGCCUCAAGACGGGAAACAGACAAGCGUUUUCAUCAGAGCUGCAGAGAAAGCUGCAGGAGCUCGAGUACAGGCGGAUGAGCCUGCUCCAGGAUGGAAACCAUCAGGGGGCAACAGACAGCUCCACAGAAGGUGGAAGGAAAAGCGAUGAGCUUGAAGGUGUAGAAAGGUCCAUCCUAAUUCACAGAGAUCUCCUUCGCCAGGUUAUGUCCUACCCCAACAGGAAGCUCAGGGAGCCAGACUUCCUGCCUUACGAUCCUGCAGAUAGCCUCACAGAUCCCACUACCCCUCCUCCAUCCGAGCCCUGCCCCUGUCCUGCGCCCACCUCCACAUCGUCAGAGCGCUCGCUGAAGCUGCUGCAGGAGCUCUGCAAUGACUACUUCCUGUCCCUGAUGAAGGAGCAGCUGGCAGAUAUAGAGCGCCGUCUGCGCGGUGACAGGAGCGUCCUGAGAACCACCAGCAUCGCACAGUCGCUGUCAAAGAGGCUGAGGCUCACAAACUUCCUGUUUGAAAACUGGAGUCCGGAAGAUGCUGAUGAAGACGAAGGAAAAGGUACGGAUGCUGCGACUCGUGGAGCCGCGGAGGGAAAGAGCAGUCCUGAAGACAUUCAACCUGAACCCAACCGCAUGGAGUUCUUCUUCUCCUGCGUGGGGGAGCUGCCAAUCAAACUAGAGGUGGGAGAAGCAGGGAGGGUGACCCCUGACCCCUCUGCUGCAACAGAGAUGACCGGAAGUGUGAGCAGCGGCGACAGCAUAGAAGUGCUCGGGACGGAAAAGUCUUAUCAGUCUCAGCCGGGCGUGGUCGGCUCUGACAGGAGAGAGGUGCAGCUGGGCAGGGUGGACGUCUGUCUUCGACAUGCAGCAGUGGACGCAGGCGUCAGGCGUGUGCCGUCCUGCGCCAAACGCGCCAACAGCGAGGACAGCAUCGAAGUGCUGAGCACCACAGAGUCCAUAAUUCCCGAAGACCUCACCGCCAUCACAGAGGAGGAAGCUGAGGCUUUUCCUCUCACCAAUGGCUUUGGAAACGAGGACUCCUCACAGACGGGGAAGACGCCUGCUGCUUCAGAGCCUGGUGACCCGGUGGAGGAGCCUUUGGGAGACGCCAGGAAGGAGGAGUCUGAUGCUGCGAGGAGCAACGAAAGCCACCAAGAUCCCGUUCCAGAGAGGACGUUCAAACUACUGCAAGCCGAGGCAGCAGUGAAGACCGUGCCGCCUUGGUCUGAGGUCCGCCAAAGAAGGAGGCUGGUGCCUGACCUCCAUGUAAUCUUUGCCCCGUCUGUUGCCCCAGCAGACAUCGACCGUAAACGCCCACCGUCCCCCCCUAUGAGGCUGCUGAGCGUGGACGAGGCAUCAGACUGCACCAGCUUUACCAGCUCCUGCGAGCCGCCCUCCCCCACCCAAAGCAACCCCAGGAACCUUCAGGCGGAUAAGAGGAGGAGGAGAAAAGCUGGACUGAGAGCUCUCAGGUUCAUCAAGCAGCACUCGUUUUCCCAGCAUGCCGUGUUUUGUCUGCUAAGCGGUCGGCCGCUGCUCGUCAUUGGAGGAGACGAGGGUUUGGUGAGGAAACUCGUGGACGCACUGAGCCUCUUCCUGCCAUCCCCGGGCCACGAUGGAGGCGCAGUGAUGCCGUGUUUGACCACGCCCCUUCAGCUCACAAACCUGCUUACCUGGAGACUGAUAGGAAUUCACAGAUCCUCGUCCAGCUCCUCCUCUGCUGUUCUACAGUCUCUGAAUCAGUACAGGCGGUAUUUGGCUCUGCUGGACCUGGACAGGAGAACGCUGCAGUGUCCGUCCUACACCGGCUCGCUCCUCGCCCCUUUAGCCGACCCUCACACAGGUAUCAGCAGAGGCAUCACCUACCUGCUGCACUUGGAGAGCUGCCUGUCCGCAUUGGCUAACAAAGCCCUCCUGCACACUUUUGGAAUGGCGCCGCCUCAUCCAAACGUGGGGGCAGGACUGAGAGGGACAGAGGAGGAUGAGCUGCAGGCAGGGUUCUGCAGAAGCCAGGGCGACCUGAGAGUGAUGAACUUCCUGUCUGAGCUCAUCAAACAGCAGCACGCAGGCCGAGGACCGCCAGUCUUCAGGUUUACCUACAGCUCAGUGCAGGUCCACAGAAACACAACCAAUGAGUGAAGAAACAGAAAAGCUCUGUCUGUCUUCUGCAGUUUGAACGUGCUGUAAGCAUGUACUGAUAAUCAAAGUCAUGCACUUCACAUUUUUUAACACAAGAGCCUUACUGGAGAUUUUUUUAAGUUAACAGAAUUGUAUAGAUGUAUUUUAAAAUGUAUUGGAUUACUUUAUUUCAAAAUAACGAAGCAGAAGCCAAAAAGCUUUCUGACCAGCACUGUGGAUGUUUCAGGCCUGGUGGGUCGCACAUUCUGAUGUUGAUGCUGCUUGGAAGCAAGUGGAGUAAAAUCCGAAUGUUUUCAGUCAGAGAAUAAUCCACCUCAGGGACUACAAUCUCAUUUUUAUUGCCUCCGCAAUUGUCUUACUUUAAAGUCUCUUGCACUCUCUGGGUGAAUUGUUCCUUUUGUAGCAGGGGAUAUUAAAAAGUUCAAACCUUGUGAAAAGGUUGUCAGAUACAGGGGAAAUAUGAAAUACUUUCUAAUCUUUCAGAAGAAUUAAUCAAAAAGUCAUUUUUUUAAACUGGCAGCUUUUAAAUUACUAUGAAACUAAAGAAUAAUUAAGGAUUAAAAACCUGUUAUUGUGCACAACGGACAAAGGUUUAAAGACCAACUCCAAUCAUCUUUUGAUUUAGUGUGAAAGUGUUCCCAGAAGUCUUUUAAUUGUGAUUAUGCUGUUUUUAGGCAAAAUUUUAAAAACCUUGUCAUUUUCUGACAAGAGGAGCAGGAGUUUAUUAGAAAUUCACCUCUGAGUUGAGUAUAUUUUCUCCGUCACAAAUACGCUCUUUUUCAAACUUAAUUGUAUCGUCUCCUCCUGAUUCA